UAUUUACCAACAAAAGACAAUUUUAUAUAAAAAAAUUUCGCAAAUACCAGUGAAUUUAUUUAAUUUUUACAUCCAUUUCCUUAAAAACUAAACGUUUUCUCAAUCAGCUUUUACCAUGUCGAAUCCCCCGUCGCGUAGCCUGAUGAAAAUCCUGUUCAGCAACUUCUUGAACUCGCUGAAACCGCGCCAGAUGAAGGGAAACUUCGUCGGCGAAGAUUACUUCGGCAAUAAAUACUACGAGAUACCGGCGAAUCCGUCGCUGGGUCAGCGCCGGGACCAACGCUGGUUCGAACCGACCGAAAAGGAAGCCUACAACCAGGAGGUCACCGCCGAAUGGGAGGCGUGGUUGCGGGGGCGAAGAAAGACACCUCCAACAAAAGAGGAGCUGAUGCGUAACCUUGCCAUCAUGAAGAUGAAGGCUCAAAACGCUGCCGCGCUGGAAGCCAAAUUCGCUAAACCAAAGGACGCGGCGGAGCUGCCGAAAAAUCCGACCGGUAUGGGAUCGUUCCCGCAGUACGAUGAGUACGAAAUGAUGCCCGGCAAAGGGAAACAUGAAAAAUGAAGUGGCACAAAUCGUUCGAUUCGAUGAACUUGGAUGGAUGAUUAAGACUACCGAAUAGGGCUGUCAUAUUUCCACUGAAAGGAUAACAACUGUUGUGCGGUUUUCAACUUCUGGUGCUCUAUUAGAGAGAAGCGCAGUUGUAUAUAUUAUAUACAGUUUUAUAUUAAGAAAGUAGUAAUAAAUUGUUUCUGUUUGAAAA